UUAGCCGGGGCCCCCACAAGUUCGUCCUGUUGGCUGCCAGAACGUAACGCGCACGGCAGCUGGGGCACGAGCCUUGCCUAGAGCUCCGCAGGUAACUGCGGGCGGAGGCGGGUUCGCAUUAGGCGAGGCAGAGAGGGACAAGGCCCGUUAUCGGGGGACACGGCUUCUCAAAACCGACCCCGCGGCCUGGCAGCGCGGGCAGAGCAACCGUCUGUGCAGAGAAUUGUUAGCAUCGGAAGCAUUGUGUGUUAAACUGAAGCAUGAAAACACAUAGCAAAAAUUCAUAUGAGAAGCACUUUUUGGGCUUAAGCGUUAUGUUACUCUGAAUAUACUCCUGCUGAUACUGGUUCUACACAUCCUGAACGCUAUUCAGGAUGCAGUGAGUGAACUAGUAAUCGAAAGGUAUUGUGAAGGUACUUACUAAUGAGAGAAAAGCAGGAAUCUGUGGCAGAACUGCCUUUUAGUGAAAAUUCUGGAAAAUCCCCUAGCACUUUAAUUACUAAAUUCAAGACAUGAGGCCAAUGAAAUAUAAAUCAAGUGUGUCCUCAGUGUCCAGUGGUCUGCAAUAUCACCGUUCUUUGAUAAAGCGGAGCCAAAGAAUGAAUUUGCGCAAAGUACGGACUUACUCUUCAUCAGCACCUAAGAGGCCCGAAGCCAAGUCUGUAACAGAAAUGGCUAUGGGUCUUCUUAAUCGUCUGACAGAAGCUGGGACCAUUAUGGGAAAAAAAUCACUUCAAAAAAUAUCCACAACAUGCAAGAGUUGGUGGGACAGAUAUGAAGAGUUUGUUGGUCUUAAUGAAGUUCGAGAAGCUCAGGGGAAAGUGACGCAGGCUGAAAAUGUCUUUAUGAUAGCUCGAGGGAUAGUACGAGAAACUCGUGAAAAUGUAGAAGCCCAACAAAUUAAACUGAAGGAAAUUCGGGACCGCUUAGACAGGGUCUCUCGGGAUGACACCCAGUACUUAGAACUGGCUACUCUGGAACACAGGUUGCUGCAGGAAGAGAAGAGGUACCGAGCUGCCUAUUUAAAUGCAGAAGAAUCGGAGCGAGAAAAAUUCUCUCUCUUCUCUGCAGCUGUAAGGGAAAGCCAUGAGAAAGAGCGAACAAGAGCUGAAAAAACAAAGAACUGGUCCAUUAUUGGCUCUGUACUGGGAGCCAUUAUAGGUGUUCUUGGUUCUACCUACGUUAAUCGAGUAAGGCUACAAGAAUUAAAAGCCUUGCUGCUUGAAGCACAGAAGGGCCCAAUAAGUCUGCAAGAAGCCAUCAAAGAACAGGCCUCCAGCCAUUACGUACAGCAGAAGGAUCUCAGCGACAUCAUAGCAGACCUGAAAAACGUGCUGCAAACAAGGACCUCCCAGGAAAUAAAAGAAGGUGUUUUGUUAGCUAGAGAAGACAGGAAUGACUCCUUUAAAAUAGAUUCUCUUUUAAUUCCUUUGAAAGAACAGCUAAGCUACACUAAACAAGUCAGUUCAUGUCUGGGGAAUUUACAGCAGCAGUUUAGCAGUCUGCAAGAAAGUAUAGCGCAUAUGAUUUCUGAGAUGCAAAGUGUUAAGCAGGCUUCUGAAGUGAAAGAUAACCUCGGCCAGUGCCCGUGCCUCCUCCGCGGAGCCUGCUCUGACCUGCAGCUGCUGUUCCGCUUCUGCGCGUCCUCGUCAAACGUCCUCUCCUCCACAGAGGAUUUGCGGCUGGGUGAACUCAGCCCCAAUUCAGAGGAAGGUUUUCAGGCGCUCGGUUCUCCGGGGACGCCGCUCGGUAUAGAGAGCGCCGACGUCUGUGCUGUGCUCGCGGCUGGGGCUUUCGGCUUCAAAGGAACGAAGGUGACAAAACCAUCGGGCGGUUUAGGUUACGCAUCUCCGCUUCGGGCGGUUCUGCUCGGUGGUGCCGUUGCCCGCUCCAAGGUUCAGCCGGGACGGCGUGUUCUUCCCCCGUUUGGCAGAGAAGAGGCACAAGUUAUUGCGGGGCUGCGCGGUGUGAGGGAGCUGCGGGUGUUCACACCGGGCUGCUGCGGAAGGCGCUAA